AACAGUUCUUUCAGGAGGAACAGGUUAAGAAAGUUCACUGCUCAUUAACUGCAUUUCCCAUAGUGCAACAUUAGAUAUGGAGCUGGGCUACGUAUUCAUAACAGGUGGGGCUGGUUUCUAUUGUUCCUGUGGGUCAUGUGAGGAGGGCAGGACUCAGGUGAGGAAGAACAGGAAAAACUGAUGGGAGAAACCCAGAGGGAGGAACCAAGAGAGAAUGUGUGUGUUUAUGUGUGUAAGAGAGACCUGGGACGACAGACUGCUAUGAGGUGAUACGAUUUCACACCUACUAACUGGAAGAUUUUUGUUCUUUUAUUGACAUUACUGCAGAUUAUUCAUGAGGACACAAAGGAUGGAAGGGAUUUUUUAUGUUGUUGGUUACCAUGGACGGUAAAGUGGGUCAACACCUGAGAAGGAGCUGAAAGGAGCAGCUGAAAUAACGCAUUUUUGUAGCACUGAAAGAGCAUGAGAGCGGAAGGAAAUACUAAACUUUCAGGGAAUACAAGAGAGAAAGAAUGCAGAACUGGAAAUAAUUUGUCUUUUUAUAAAACAUAUAGAAAAAAAGAUUUCUGGUGCUUUUAUCACAUUGAGGACAUCAUCUAAUCUGCUGAUUUAUAUUCUGCUUAGCUGUUGUUGCUUGUAACAUUUUUUUUUUAUUAUUGGGUCCUUUUUCUGCCUUGAUUCAAACACAAAGAUAACCCAUCACCUUCCAGCUUCAAAGGUCAAGCAUUCCAAGUGAUCUAGAGUGCAGCUAAAGGAGAGAUCAUUUCCUCUAUUCACGCUGAAAUAGACGCAGACACACUCUGCUGUACUUCCACAAUGCAGGCACCAGCACCUGAGCACGAUGACACUUUUGAUUUUCUUUUUAAGAUCAUUCUUAUUGGGGACACCAAUGUGGGGAAAACCUGCAUUGUCCAGAAUUUCAAGUCAGGGAUUUUCUCAGAGAAACAGCAGAACACCAUUGGGGUGGAUUUUACUGUCAGGACGGUGGAUAUUGAUGGAAAGAAAGUAAAGAUGCAGGUUUGGGACACAGCGGGUCAGGAGAGGUUUCGCACCAUCACACAGAGCUACUAUCGCAGCGCUCAUGGUGCCAUGAUUGCCUACGACAUCACACGAGCUUGCACCUUUGACUCGGUGGACCACUGGAUCAAGGAGGUAGAGCUGUAUGGAGCAGCCAAUGUACUCUUGGUGCUAAUAGGUAACAAAUGUGACCUGGAGGAAGAACGGGAGGUUCCAUUCCAAAAAGCUUGCAAUCUGGCAAAAGAAAGAGGUAUACUAGCUGCUUUGGAGACAUCUGCAAAGCAAAGUCAGAAUGUGGAGGAUGCUUUCUUAAUGAUGGCCAGGGAGCUGUUGUCUCGGAAUGGCCUUCAUGUCCAGCAGGCUGAUGCUGAAAACCCGAGCAUGCCGAGGAUUCUAAUCAGGGAGAACUCUCGACCGAUAGACAUCAGCAUAGGAGCCUACAUUCCACCGGAGAAGGAGAAGAAGUCAUGCUGCUGACUUGGGGAAACUUUGACUGAAGAUGCUGAACAAUGUGAAGGACAUUUUAUUUAUCAAGAAUGCUGAGGAAUGAAAGAAACCAGGAUGCUUUAUGCUGGAUGCAUUUAUGAGGCAUAGAGAACCGAAAAUCAGCUAAAAAAGGGAGGUGCUGAGGAGAUGGUUAAGAAAUAUUGAUUCCAUCUGAUCUUAGAGGAAUGCUGAUGAAGCGUUUUCUCCAAUCUAUGAUCAGUGUUCAGGGGAAACUACAGUAAAACAAUCUUUUCCACAGGUCCAUGGUGUCAUUCUACCUAUUAGACUUCUAAUUCAUCUUCUACAAAUGGACACAUUUGAAUCCCUAAGUAGCCUCAGCAACUGUCUCACAAGAAGUGGGAAGGUGUUGGGGGAGUGGGGGGGUUACAGUGCAGUUUUGCUAAAAUGGUGUAAAGCUUUGACCGUUUCCUCAUACUGUACACUGUAGACCUAAGUAUCUUACACAAUGUGCCAUACACAAAACACUGUGAAGUAUACAUGUCUGGAUUUAUCUCAUGAAACAUCUCCUCAUGUUGAUAAUAAUGUCUUUCAGGCACCUCUAUCUGCUCGUUAUUAACUUAAGAAAAUGAAGCAGGACAGUUUGACCUCUGAUGGAAAUGGAUCAUUACAUGUUUCUAACCUAUGUCCAACGUAAAGUUGUCAAUCUGUGAAGGACAUUGUCUGAACACCAGGUGGUGCUGGUUACCAGCACAUGAUCUGUACAGUUGGAUUCUGUUUGUCU